AGAAAUCAAUUUGUUCACUAGCAAUCAAUUGUUUUACUUAAAUCCAUCAAUUAAUAUUAAUUGUUGAUAAUUGCUAGUUCUGUCAAUAUGAAAUCACUCAUUUACUCAGUUUGUAUUGUUCUGGUCAUCGGUAUUGUCCAUUGUGCUUCAACUGGAUCAACGAAAGACAAUCAAUCAAAAGAUGUUGUUGCUCAAACUUUACAAUUAACCAGCCAAUUAAUUGAAUUUACUGAUACUUCAAUUGUGAUCAACAUAACUGGACCUGCGGUUUAUGAAAAAACUAAAUUGUCAGCAAUUAACUUCAAUAUCAGCUAUCAAGGUAAAAAGAAUGGUAAAAAUGCUUGGAUUCCAAUGACUGAACAAUCUAAUUGGACCAUUGAGAAUGUUGACCAUUCUAAUAAGGAAAUUUUCGUAAAGAAAUUAACAGUAAUUCAACUUAAAGCAAAGGUCCGAUAUCAACUCGAAAUUUCAGGUCAAUACGAUAAAAAGAUUUUAUCGAGCGAACCAAAAAGUUUGGUCGUUCGUAUGAAAGCCUAUAAGCCGAAAGGAUCUUUGAAAAACCAGGUCAUUCUACAGUUGAAAGGAACGAACCCGAAAACUUAUUUCGUUCAAGUUUAUCGAAUUGAUGGAGAUAAAAACGUUAUCAUUAUUGAUGAAACUCUUGAUGCUUCAGUUGGAAGCUCGACAACUUUGGACAAUCUUCAAGCCGGGAAAAAAUAUCAGAUCAAAUUCUGGUAUAUUUGUACUCAGAAUGUUAUCUCACCUCCCGAAUACAUUGAUUAUCAAGCUUAAAUUGUAAUAAUUUGAUAAAACCAUGAAAUAAAAUCACAAUCAGAAUUCAACUAA